AUGAUGGAUGCGCAAACGAGUAGUCUUAGAAUUGACGUGAGUGACUGUGUUCCAGUGAGCGAAUACAGCACAGGAAGCCCUGACUCCGUUGGGUGGAGUCCGCACAAUAUUCUGCACGUGGCCACUCAGUUUGCUGUUUUCCUUCACGCGAAUGAACUCACAGCCGCUGAUGCUAUCAUUCGUCCAGUCUACUUGCCCAGGGCUGAUGAUGCCAGUCCCAUGUGCAUUAGUGGCGCCAAGUGGGCGCUGGGUCUGACGUCCGACAAUAUGUAUCCCUCAACAUGUCGGUUAUGUGUGCUGACAACACGUGACCUGUUUAUUUACCGUGUUGUUCGCUAUGGUAAUGGUCGUGUGCGAACCAGCGCUGCUCUCUGUAUAAUUCCUUCUCAGCGCCCGGCGCAAACUCAAAUAGGUGAAACCUCUCCAGAUUUUAAGAAAUCUGUGAAGAGAAGGGGACGUGACGGCUUAGAGUUGUUGCUGCGUGGUGACAUCGAUGAGGACUGUGGCAGUGACGAUGGCGGUGGUGAGCCAGUGCGUAGGUGGGGGAACAAAACUUUCGAUGUUAUCGGGGAAUGCAUAAUAGGUUACGAAUGGUUUCCACGGGAUCUGCUCGUUGUUGUUACCUUUAGAAGUAUUUACAUCGUUGAUGAACCGAACAAGGCAAAUAGUGUGGACGAAGGUAAAGAGAGCCAGCAACAGACAGAGUAUUUACCACCACCCUCUUACCGUUUCACUGGAAACCCCGAAGCCAGCCUACGACCGUCAUGUGCUGCGCGAGUGGUGGGCGCCAACGCCGAGAGCAUGCGACUUGUUGUUGCAAGUCCUCUUUUCUUGAGGGUGUUUUCCAUCUCAGUUGAAGGAGGUGUAAAUCUUCUGUGCUGCGUGCAGAUACCCCUGCUUGGUGGUGUCCCGGCGUCCCUAUGUUGCGUUCAAGCCAGUGAGGAGAGGCCAGAUAUCCGUGUCCUUGUCUCCGUCCCGUUGCGUGUUAUCCACGGAAAUAUAAUUAUGUCUGGGGCAGUGGGAGAACCUCACAACCGUGGGGAGGGGUUCCGUGGCGGCAGCUGUGUUGCAGCGACAGCAGAGCAAACCGCAGAAUGGCAGUUGGUGAAUGUGUGGGGUUGCGAAAGUGGCUUCGGCGAUGACAUCACGGUUUCUCGCUUCGUCACUAUCUCACUGGGUUCCUUUGCACUUCGUGGGUCGGACUUCACUACCCCCAGCAGCGUAGCCGGUGGGGGGCCCUUUGUGGUGCUGGGUGUUUGUAGGCGAAGACUCGUGGGUUUCUUUGGAAAAAGUUGUAUAAAUCUCAUUCAGUGCUCGCGCAUGGAUUGCUUUGUACCGCCGGAUGAGGAAGGUACAGAAUUGACGGGACUAGCGUUUCAUCCGUCUUGCACUUUAGCCGUCGUUGCUUUACAGACUGCUUCGCGAAGGCAUCCCCCUUUUCAGCUGUUUCCCUGUCCGGUAGAGAGAAGUGGGGGAUUCUUAGAACGGCUGCUUUACUUUCAGGAGGGGUUUGCGUCUGUUUUUGACGUUGAGCAAAGUCAAGCACGAGGGGUGCAUGGGCCGGCGCUUGCCGGGAGGGUAAGUGCCCUCAAUAAUCUGCAGUGUAGACAAACAUCCACUUCAUACUUCAUGUGGGAGAAACUUCUCCCUAGGAGUGCGCUGUCCGGCAACUUUCUGCAAGGUGAUGGGCUUCGACAGUACGGCUCAUGUAGGUUGCCACUAAUUUCGUGUCCAGCAUUACUAGAUAGUUCUGACACGUCCCCUGGUCUUCUCGCGGCCUUGAGGAUGACUUACCUAAACCUGCGAUGCGAGUACGGCAUAGAGCUAUUUUUGCGGUUUCCUGAAACUAAUGCGCUGUGGAGGCAAACUCUCAUUCGUCUACAGAGACUUUCAGUUGACAGUUAUGUCAUUACGGAACUUAUUCUUGCAAACGCCAUUCAGCUUCUUGCAGAUAAGGUUUCGUACUCGGGUUUUCGAAGGGAUGGCUUUCAAAAGUACGCACUACCCAAUGACGAGUAUUCGCUAUCCCUCGCGUAUGCAGCCGCCUUACAGUUUAUAAGGUUGUAUCAUCAAAUGUGUGAAGAGAAGGAGGCUGACGAGAUGUGGAGCCACUCCGGUGAGUUCAAGAAGCAGUUAAAUAAGUUUAUGGCUUGUCUCGAGAGGGAGGGAGGGGGUAAUGGAAUCAGCAACAAGGGACAACCUGAGCCGGAUCCGCGCUUCCCGUGCUCUGUAUGUGGAGAGGUGGAGAAAAACAGGCUGAGUUUAUCCUUGUUCUCGAGAAACCAAAACGUACCGAAGGAAGGGGAGCAAACCACCUCCGACUGCUCUGAGGGUCAUCACAUAACUGCUUUCUCGGGAAGAAACUUUGCGACACUUUGCUUUCUCUCUCAAGAUGAAGUAUUGAGCCAGUGCCACGCAUGUUCCGUGUUUGACUACGCGGUGGGACCUUAUUGUGGUGUUUGCGAAGGGCUCAUGGCGUGA